AUGGUCGGUGGUCAUCGGUCGCGCAUCCGGCAGUCCCUCUUGCCUCUGGCGACGACCUUUUGGACGUACAUCUUGCUAUGUUUGCCACGCGUUUGCGCACGCAAUUUCACACUUCGCAACGAGAUCAGAGGAGAUGGAUUUUAUGAUUCUUUCUAUUGGUGGAACUAUGGCGAUCCUACCCACGGCACGGUCGAGUAAGUCUGGCCAAGUAGCGAGUUCCUUGCAGCGCCAAGCGGCGAGCUCAGCAAACAUUCUCGCCUUCUCUUUGCUACUGUAGCUACGUCAGCAAACGGGAAUCGCAGUCCCUAAACUUGUCAUACGUCGACUCGAGCACGGGCAAUUUCGUCAUGCGAGCAGAGGAUGCAUCCAUCGCAUCGCCUUCCUCGUCCGGCCGAAAAUCAAUUCGCAUUCAUUCCAUCGACAAGCUUCAGGAUGGCAUCGUGGCGAUGCGGGUCAAACACAUGCCGAGCGGAUGCGGAACGUGGCCGGCUUUUUGGACUUGCACGACGAGCAACUGGCCAGCUGGUGGAGAGAUUGAUAUUGUGGAAGGUGCCAAUGAUCAAGGACCUAGGAAUCUGGCUAGUCUGCACACCACUGCCGGCUGUACCAUUCCUGCUGGCAACUCUUCCAUCUCGACUGGGUGAGUGCAAGGCCCAGCUAUGCAAACGAAGGUGAUGGACAACCAGAACGCGCGACUCAUGAAAUUCAUGUAAAUGUCGUCCCAUCCUUCCAAGAUUCACGGGUCAAACGGAUUGUCAGUACCAACCAGGCUGCUCCGAAAGCUUCUCGCUAUCAAAUUCCUUUGGUCCCGCUUUCAACCAGAAUGGCGGAGGCUGGUUCGUCAUGGUUCGCGACACUUCUCCCGUCUCGUCCACAUCAAACGAAAGGGACCUCAGCAGCAGCACGACGACGACGACGACGCGGCUUCCAGGACCUGGAAUCUCCAUCUACUUUUACCCCUCCUCAACUUCCUCGACCGAUCUACCCUCCUUCUUAUCGACCAAUUCCACCCCUCCCUUUGUCCUCACCGGUCUCAACGCUACCAAUCCCGCACUCGGCGGCAGAUCAGGUGAGAAUUGGGGAAGACCCGCCGCCUUCUUUCCCACGACGCCCACACCCGCUUUGCGCGCUAUGGGAUCAAGCAACACAACGGACCUCGCGCCUUCGUGCCCCAUGGACAGGUAUUUCGGCGAGCACGAAAUCAUCAUCAACCUCACUUUUUGCGGUUAUUGUGAGUCCACAAAAGCCAUGGCAUUCCGCUCUCGCAAAAGAGCGUGGGACACGUGAGCCCCCCCUCUCUCCCGCCCCUCCCAACAUCUCUCUUCCUCUUUUGCGAGUUAUGGCCGUGCAGAUAGAUGAUUGAUCAGGUCUUUCCUUCAUCUCCUCAAACUUUCUCGAAUCGCAGGGGCUGGCGAAACGUUUCCUUACGUGUCGACGUGUCCCAAGAACACGACGUGCGACGAAUACGUUAGGAGUGAGUGAGCAUGAGCAUGUUGGCUGACGUUAUGUCCACACAUGUGCACACCGACGAUCAACCAACUGCUGUUUCCUGACACGUAUGCGCCCACCCCCCGGCCUCCGCAGACAAUCCGCGAGCUUUUUCGGAAGCACGCUGGGAAAUUGAAAAGCUGCUCGUUUACACAGAUGGCGCGUCCCGUAUAGCAGCACCUCCUCGCAUCUGGACGCUCGGCAUUGGCUUUUUGCUCGCUUGUAUCAUAUUCCAUUGCUAG